CAUUUUACAGAUAAAAUAGUCAUAUUGCUCUCACCAGUCCCAUAUUCCACCAUGAGAAAUAUGGUCACCCUAGACACUUCUUUUGUCACAUACUGUUUUUCACCUAGCUAUAAGAAAGUUUGCUAUGUUGAAUGCUUGCUCAGGUGUGUUUGCUCAGGGUUGGAGCUAAACUCUUCAGGGCAUUGGCCCUCCAGGGCAACACUCAGCUAGACCAUACAUAAAAAUAAAAAAAAAAUAAAAAUAAAAAAAAUAAAUUAAAAACAGAAAUAUUUGUACUAUUUGAAAUAUUUUCUGAUCAUAAUUUUGGACUUAUUUACACAUUUGUUUAUCUUUACCCUUCAUAUUUGUUAAUUAGCCUAGCUAUUAUGUAGGUAGGCUAUUUAUUAGAAAUGUUGGCAUUUAUUUACACACUUGUUUAUCUAUUGACAUAGGAUAGCCUAGCUGUCUUUAUUUUAUUAGCCUAUUAUUUAUUUAUUUAAGAAACACAUAAAGAAUUUCUGUAGUGGUGGUCAUGGUUACAGCGAGUUGAUGCCAGCAUACUGAGAACUGGUAAAACAAGAAAAGCUUUACUUCCUUGUAGUCGGUAAAUUGUUGAGCGUUUGCCAUAUGGCAGCGUAUAUAUGUCAGACUAGGCUAUAUUAAGGGUUCAAUUAAACAAAUGUUUGCUGAAGGCGUGCGAUUUACGUCUCUUAAUCCGUCCAGUUUUCCCUCCGAGUUAGCCUACUUUAUACAAACGAAAUCGAGACUGAAAAAGGACUGGAGGAUUCGCUUUCACAAUGAAAGCGCGGCAUUUGUUAAUAGUUUUAUUGCUGGUGUCUAAUAUAACAUUAUCUUCAGGUUUUCUGGAUAUCCUCGCGGCUGCCGCAUCUUAUGUGGUUUACACAUUUAUUGAACGGGACGGUUUGCUGCCGUUUGACCCUAAACGUUUGGAGAAAGAUUUAAGAGACUCUCUCUUUGGGCAGCACAUCGCGUCUGAUGUUGUACUAAAAGCUGUAACAUCAUUUAUGACUGACAGCAAACCAAACAAACCGCUGGUCCUCUCUUUCCAUGGGACUACAGGAGUUGGGAAAAAUCAUGUCGCUAAAAUCAUCGCAAGAAAUAUUUAUGAAAAAGGGGAAAACAGCAAGCAUGUUCACACAUAUAUAUCUGAGCAUCAUUUCCCACACAAAGAAAAGUCAGACCUAUACAGCGCACAGCUAAAGCAGUGGAUUCAUGAAAGUGUAUCAAGUUUUCCCUGCUCCAUGUUCAUAUUUGAUGAAAUGGACAAGAUGCAUCCACAGCUGAUUGACACCAUAAAGGCCUUUCUGGACUACACUCCCCGUGUUGACGGAGUGUCAUUCCACAAUUCAAUCUUCAUUUUUCUCAGUAAUGGAGGUGGGAAUGUGAUUGCUAAAGUGGCUCUAGAUUUCUGGAAAGAAGGCAAAGAUCGGGAAGAGAUCAGGAUGAACAGCAAGGGACUGGAGACUAAAAUCUUUCAAAACAUUUUCAAUGAAAAAAACAGUGGGUUUCUGCACUCCAGUAUCAUAGAUCAUCAUCUGGUUGAUCAUUAUAUUCCUUUCCUACCUCUGGAGCUGAAGCAUGUGCGUCAGUGUGUCCUGGCUGAGAUGGAUCAUCUGAACAUGACUCAAGACUUUGAUCUGGCAGAUAAAGUGGCCAAAGAAAUGCCCUUCUUCCCUGAAGAAGAGAAAAUCUUUUCUGUUAAAGGCUGCAAGUCUGUCAGACAGAAGUUGGCCCUACAAACUGAUGAAUAGACGAAAGACUUGAACAGCAGCACUUGUCCAAUUUAUUGUUUUAACUUUUAAACACACAGUUGAACAGCAAUGAAGUAUGACCUUACAUCUUUGUUUUAACUUAUUAAUAUUUCAGUUUUGAUGAGUUACAUUGCUAACUGGAGUCUGGAGUCUCUGUAUUAAAAUUUUAAUCUAGACCUACA